AUGGAGGUAUCAGCUGAAGAGUGGAUGGAGCGGGCGAAGGAAAACAUGAAGAAAUUCCUCAACCGUGGUGGCGCUUGCCGUGGAGAUGAACCACAAACGCUGGCCGGCGCCGCGCUGGAGAAUACGCUCGGUUACGCCCUUAACCUGACGAUGAAGGAUCCGAACGAAUGGACGGAUGACGAGCUGCAGCAGGAGUACAUGGAGCAGCUCUGCUUUUAUGAUGCCGAAUCGCGCAAGACAAUCGACAAGUUGACGCAGCAAAUGUACGCGCAGGGUGUCGUGCCGGACGAACCGUGCCAUCUGACGAUCCUGCCGAUCGAACUGUACGCUGAGGGAAAGCUCUACGAGGUGGCACUGUUUCGGUACCAGUUUGGCGAGCUUCCGGCGACUGAGCCGAAGUACAUCGAUUCGUACGGUCGUGUGUAUGGUAGUUUUCGAGACUUUUUACGUAACAACAAGUACCCGUCGGCGGAGAUGAUGUACCCGAGGGAAGGGAAGCUUGAGGCGGGCGAAGAGAAAAUGGUGCUUUAUGAGGUUGGCAAAACACCUGCCUGGAAAGCGUACUACUUUAAAGCGUUGGACAUUGCGACGGGAAUAAUCGGAAUCGCUGGUGCAACUGGCGCUAUCUUCCUGUCCGGUGGUAUUGCGACACCGUUCGUUGCGGCCAGCAUAGGGUCGGCAUUGUACGCAACCGGCCGUUCGAUAGAUGUGCUGCGGGACAAAAGUGCCCACCAAGAAUCGUUAAACCCGUUCCGCGAUUCCGAAUCGCGUACCGCUUGGCUGAGUCUUACGGCGCACGUGCUAACCUUCGGCACAAUGCCACAUAUAUCGGCACUGUCCGGUGUUGCCUCCACUAGCCACAGUAUCGCCACCGGCUUCAAGGUGUGUAACUUUAUCAACGAGACGGGCAACAUCAUUAGUGAUCUGGUGAUUUGCGACACAUUGUCGGCAAUGCAUUCAAACUAUUAUAAUGCCUCGAUCGAAACGCGGCUAGCGCAUGCCGCAUCGAUCUGCUUCUGGACAAAGACCACCAUCAGCAUCCGGCAGGCCGAGCUGAUGAUGAAGAACAAUGCAAUCGUUGCGCUGAAGCUGUUCGGCUUCGAGGAUCACUGUUGCGAGUACUUUAACAACGAUUCCCAUGCGAUCGAUAUUGGACUACGCAUAGCGAAACAUUCGCUCGAAACCAAUGUGCAGAUCGUGUCCGAACCGAGCGAUCCUGGUGCAAUUCGAAUCGAUAGUACGCGAUUCCCCAUCAGGGAACUGUUACGGCUUGAACCGAACGAGGUUGAACUGCUGUUUGAAGCAUUGCAGGGUGUAUCAUCCACACCGGACGAUCGUGCACUGUUCGACGAAAUGCGAUCGUUGGUUUGUUUGGCAAAAGGUGCCCUGGAAGAGGAUAAACUUUGCACCCUGGUACGGCUUCUGGCGGAGGAAGCAGAACGUGAAUGUCUACCCGUGAGCGACGUUAUGGAAAUGCUACUCCAAACUUACGCCACCAUCAAACGGUACGAGUUGCAAACCGAUGUAAAGCCUACCACAUUCCGCCUUUCGAUAGAACAUGGCGGAUGUUGCGUAGGACGCGGUUUGUGGAUGCGCCUAAAACGGGCGUACAUUUUGUUUGCCUCUAAGCAAACACAUCCACUACCGGGGGAGCUGACAACGGAGGAUGGUGCUACCAAGGAACCAAACGUGGACGACGGUGAUAAGGAUUCAGACCGUCUUAUCAGGGCAGUAAUGGAGCUGUCCGAAAAACAGUGCUACCGUCUGUCGGAGAUUAUCCGCCGUGAUCCAAAUUACUUUUCUAUUUUUAAGCAGAAAUCUUUCGAAACUAUCGAGCAGCAAGGCUCCGCCGAGGGUGAAACAGCCAGCCAAACGGAGCAACUUCUCUACGACAAGCUUAAGCUUAAUAUUCUGAAAGCCUUAGAGCGGGAAGGGCAGGAAAGCUAA